GGGAAACAAACAUCCACACAGAAGGAACGGGAGAGGAAGAGAGAGAGGAAGGAAGGUAGGAGGCCGAGGAAGGGAGACUUAAACCCGUCUAAACCUGUCUGGCAUUGAGGACGACGACGACGCAUAACCGAAGUUAGAAAAGAGAAAAGGACCUCACCGGGACCUGAAACCAUCGACAUUUUCCAGUUGCCCCAUACUAACGGCCACUUUUUCCCCCCGUCGUCGUCUCGCGAGAAACUUCAUCGAUUUUUAGCAGCAAUGGCUCAAGAGACGAACCAGAGCCCAGUGCCCAUGCUUUGUGCCACAGGCUGUGGUUUCUAUGGCAACCCAAGAACCAAUGGUAUGUGCUCUGUAUGCUACAAGGAACACCUGACACGCCAGCAGAGCAGCGACCGCAUGAGCCCCCUCGGCCCAAUGGGCUCAACUGCUAGUCCUACCUCAGAAGCUUCAGCCAUCCAGAGACUAGAAGCCAGUCUAGCAAAGGUUGAUGCCUCCCCUGCCCCUUCACCAGACAUGUCUAGAACUGUUCAAGGAUCUCUUCCUGUGACUCAACAAAUGACAGAGAUGAGCAUCUCGAGAGAGGACAAACCUGAACCCCUAGAGCCUGUUGUAAGCCAGCCUGCUGCUUCUAGCCCUACUCCUGUAGCUUCUUCCAGCAGUGAAGAAAGUAAGAGUGACACCCCCAAACCUAAAAAGAACAGGUGCUUCAUGUGCCGCAAAAGAGUGGGACUUACAGGGUUCGACUGUCGCUGUGGCAAUCUGUUCUGUGGCAUCCAUCGGUACUCCGACAAGCACAACUGUCCCUAUGAUUACAAGGCUGAGGCUGCUGCCAAGAUCCGUAAAGAGAACCCCGUGGUGGUGGCUGACAAAAUCCAGAGAAUAUAAUCAGACAGAUCAGCAGUGGCAGCAACAACGAAACACCAUUGACAAAGACUGGAGUACGAGUGCGAACCUUUGAAACGAGCACCGGCAAGAGUGGCUAAAUGAGAACGGAACGGACUUGAUUAACAAAAUUACAACCUCAAUAAAAUAAUGGGGAAAAAAAAGAAGGAAAAAAAAAAAGUUCAAGAUCCUGUCUGAGGAAGAUGCAUGAAUGAUCACUUUUCUCCCUUUUUUGAUUAAUUCAUUAGUUUGUUUUAUCCUGUUUUCUGUGGUGUGACUUUGCCGCUGUUCAGUCCUUUUUGUUUUUCUAAGAAUAUGUAUUGUCUUACCAAGAGCAGACCAGGCUAAAUGUCCAGGAUAAGCUGUGCUCCUCUCACCCAUACCAGGCGCCAUUUUUGUGCCAAACCGUAGACAGCCAUUUCACACAUGCUGCCAUGUGUCAGACACUGGCUGAUCUCUGAAAAGCAUUCAGACUACACAAAAACAGUCCAUACAAGUGUUCCCCCUCUACCUUUCAACUUUUGUUCUGUGCUCCACUGGCGCUGGAGUCAGUCAGCGACUCCCACCAUGCACGCUUUUUUUUUUGGGGGGGGGGGGGGGGGGGGGGGUGUUUUCUUUCCCAGCUUUACCUACCUCACACCUGCCGCGUUAAGCUACGUCGUCUUCCCAUUUACUUUAUCUUCAGCUUCAACCCCAGUAGAGCAGUCGAUCAUCAUGAUAGUCGGCGCCGGUGACCCCCUCCAAUCAGCACGCCUGUAUUCACUUUGAGUUUGAUUGUGAUGAGGCUGUUUGGAGAUAUCAUGCUAGACGGGGUACAAACAAAUGAGUCGCUGAAGGAGUUCCACCAAGUAGUGCAGGGCUGUGUGCGAGCCAACGUGUGGCCUGCGAGGAAGGAUGGCACCCUUCCCUGGUGGGUCUGGUGGGUGAAUUUAGACUUCAAUAUUGUAGGGGCAUAAAUGAAUGGGAUAAAUGCAUGAGUCACUCUUCAUCUGCAUUAGUGUUUCAGAAAUAUCACUCAACGUAGAGUUUCAAAUGUUUUAUUUGCUGAAAGACAAUUAUCUGUUAUGUUUUAUUAGCUUUUUUUUCUCUUCCAUUGUACUGAUGUUAGCACAUGUAUUCAGUGCAUUUAUGGAGUUAGGGUAUGUGAACCUUUUUUUUUUUUUCUUUUAAUGCGCUAACAGAACAUUCAUGUGAGCACAGUGUGUGUGUGGGUGGAUGUGUGUGUGUGUGUGUGUGUGGGUGGGUUCGUUGUUUCCCCCCCUUUUAUUCUUUUGACUGUGGAGCUACCCAGUUUAUCAGCACAUGUUUACAGAACUACAGGAGCAUGCCAGAGCUAGAUUUAUGAAAAAUAAUAGAUACCAAGAUUAGAUGUAACUUCUCAUCUGUCUAACAGCUAUUGGUCUCUGUGUGUCUGCUAUAGAGCGCCGUAGAAAAGUGUGUGUGCGUGUGUGUGUGUGUAUUUGUGUGCGUGCAGGUGCACAUACCUGAGCAAACGUGUGUUUUCAUGGCUGCCUGACACAUUGAAACCGAUGUACGUUUGUGAUUUGUUUCUCCCCUGUAAGGAUGUGUGGGUUUUUGUUUUUUCAUUUAAAGAUAAUUGUAUGUAUCCGUUUUGAGUUUUUCCUUUCUGAUUCUUAGUUAUAUGCAAAUUUGUACAAAAAAAGAAAAAACAAACCGUGUUGAUAUUUAUGUAUUACAUAUAAUCUUGCUAUCCAGCAUUACAACAGAAUAGUAUCAUGUAAAUAAAACUGUACAGAGAGACAUUA